AUGGUGACAGCGUAAGGAACAUGUGUGAUGUGGAGACGACGGCAGAGGUAAACCUGAGGCAUGAUUCGGCAACGGCCGGCUUGGCAGCUGAGCCGCGCUAGUGGGCACACAACUUGAACUUCAAUUCGCUUGACUGCGAGCUCAGGCCUUGAGAAGGAACGGGUAGCCGAGCAACAACCACCGCCAACAUCAACUCAACACCGCCAAGAUGUAAGCGAUACACGUAUCCUGAAGAUCGAAGAGGAACAGCGCUAACUGGCAUUGCAGGUUGAUUCCCAAGGACGACCGCAAGAAGAUCCACGAGUACCUCUUCCGCGAGGGCGUCCUCGUCGCGAAGAAGGACUUCAACCAGCCAAAGCACGGCGAGAUUGACACCAAGAACCUUUACGUAUGCUUUCCACCAACAUCUGCAAUUUUCCCCGAGUACCUUCCUCCUAACAGUCCCUACUUGUAAUAGGUCAUCAAGGCUUGCCAGUCCCUCACCUCCCGCGGCUACCUCAAGACCCAGUUCUCCUGGCAAUGGUACUACUACACCCUCACCCCCGAGGGUCUCGACUACCUGCGCGAGUGGCUCCACCUCCCAGCCGAGAUCGUUCCUCAGACGCACGUCAAGCAGCAGCGCUCGCACGCUCCCCCACGCGGUAUGAUGGGCGGCGACGACCGUGAGCGCCGUGGUGGAGGCCGUGGCGGUCCACGCGGUGACCGUGGAGAUCGCGAGGGAGGAUAUCGCCGUCGCGAGUUCGGCGAGAACAAGGAGGGUGGUGCCCCCGGUAGCUUCAACCCUGAGUUCCGUGGUGGUUUCGGUCGUGGUCGCGGCGGCGCCCCACCAGCGGCGUCUUAG